AUCCGAUCAUGACGUCAUAUGCCGACAGUAACUGUUGUAAGUCACGUGGCUAACUGCCCUUUUAUGGCUUACAUGCGAAACGGAAGUCGUCAUUGGCGGGCCCGCCAGGAAGAGGAUAAAUGAUCGUCGGCAGAAGCCGAUCGUGUAUUCGUGCGGAAACAACUUUGUUGUUGAGGGUUUCAAAUCCAAUAUUUUCUAGCGGUACAUAGUAAGAAGGCCAAACCUUAUUUGAAGUGCAUGUAUCACGAGUCCAAGUGCCUUAGAUGUCAAUUGAAGUGGUGAAAGAUUACGUGGGUAGCUCGGAGGGCGAGUAACAGCUGGUAUGAUAUAGCAACAGCAAAGCUGCUAAACACCUUCAAUGCUAAAAAUGACCUACAUUCUUAGCGUUGUUUUGUCAGAUUAGAGUAUAUUAAAUUGGUUGGCAAAACAGUAUCAUGGCAGAACGGGACAUGAAGAUGAAGAGGCGAGUCAUCAAAGAAGGAAUCCUUCAUAAGAAGACUAGCUUGCUAAAGCAAUGGCGCCCUCGGUUUGUAGUUUUGAACCGACAGAUGUUGUGCACAUUCAAGAAGGAAGAUGACCAGAAAAGAGGACGAACUGCGGAAGCGAGGAUCUUCCUGAUGGACAUUGAAUCCAUAGAGAAGUUCGAGAGUAAAAAGAAAAAGCACUGUUUUAAUUUGAUCGUAGAAGGGAAGCCUUUCUUCAGCUUCAGUUGUAGUUCUGAGCUCGACAGAGAAAUGUGGAUGCGAUCAGUACAGACAGCAAAGGAGAACGAGCUCAACGAAGAGGAAAACGACCCAGUGAGGAGAAAAAGCACCAAACUAACUGGAGGACUCAAAAGGAUAACUAUUCAGAGAGAGAAAGGGCAAGGGCUGGGUUGCACAAUUAAAAAUGUCGGUGGAGUUAUUCUCGUCAACCGAAUUCUCGAGGAUGGGCCUGUUUCGACAUCUGGUAUCCUUAGGCCGGGAGACCAAAUCCUUGAUAUUAAUGGUAUUGAAGUUGGUGGCCGUUCCGUUUCGGAGAUAAGUGAAAUAAUCAAGGGAAGCCCGGAGCUGGUUGUUUGCACAGUGAAACCAUUCUCUGAUUACCGUUACUGUGACACACACUCGAAGGGUCAUACAGAAUAUGCCGAAAUAGACUUGGACUCGCUGAAAGCUAAAGGCAAUGAUGACAGCAGCAAUUCUUCGCAAGAUGACAGCUCUGACAGUCCACAGGAAUCCAAUGAUCAAAAGAUACAUGGUGUUAAUGAAAAGAAAAGACACUCACUGCCAGCUGUCUUGCCAGACACUCAUUCCACUAAAGAAUUGCAUAAGGGAGACACUGUCGAUUAUCUUGAGCUAAACUUUCCUCAGAAUGAUCGCCCUCGUGGCAGAAGCGACGUAUCACGUUCCCCACAAGUCCCUCACAGAGCCAGCAGAGAUCGGAACAAGCCACCUGCUUACAUAGAACUUGAGUUCAACAAGAAGGAAAAUAAGUUUCAAGAGGUUGGCAGAGAAAGUUCUGAUCCUAAAGCAGGAGAUCGGAAAAGUUCUUCGCUACCAAGAUCAUGAGAAAUCAGAGCUGUUUAUAACUGCCUUUGUACAGGAGUUUAAUUCUCUCAUUCACCAUGAGUUACUGGACGAAUUUUUCCCUAUAAAUAUCAGAACACUUUCAAGCAGAAAGGAAAAGAGAAGAGUGAAAAAUAUCAAACAGGCAAUAUUGUUUGAUGUACAAACAAAUUCCUAGAGCUAAGAAUUAUAAGAAAUACAGGGUCAUCAUUAGAAGCUUGUAGGUGGCAGGAAUGGGCUGGCUGUUAGGUCAUUUUGUGCUGGCUACUUUGUGAAAUGUGACCGAGGACUGAAAUUGUAAUUCUAAACUCAGUGUCUGGCUUAAAGAGUUUAUCAAUAUGUCCUAGAAUGCUUGUAGUCAUGUCUUGGAGAGUUUCAAGUUGCAAUUUUUUCCAGGAAGAGAAUGCAUCCAGACCCCCUUAGAAAUGUUGCUUUGCAACUUACCAUGCUUGCUAUGCAAGCAUCAUUUAAUUCAGCCCUUUACUCAGUUCAGAUUAUACAUCUAUUGCAUUUGCUAAUGAUAACCCUGGAAAUCUAAAGGAAACGGUGUGGACAAUUCAUAUUUAGAUCCGGAGAGUGGAAGUGCUCAAAAAAAAUAGGUCGGGCACCAAAUGUAAUGGCCAAAAAAAAUUGGCUUAAAGUUGGUUAAGAGAAGAGAGUGGGGUUCCAAAGAAGAAAAUGGUUCACUUGGUAGCUGUAAUGUGUGCCCAAUUCAGCUAUUUCUUACACGACUGGGGCAGUCAAGAGGGCAAUAACUAAAAUCAACCAAUCAAAAUGCUCUAUUGCCGGUCAAUAUUCUCACAAUAUUGGACUGGGCACUGUCCCA